ACUUACUAUAUACUACUAGUAGCUCGCUCAGGCUCAGCUCCCCGGCAGCUCGAGCCAGCCGAGAGAGAGGGAGGAGGAGGAGGAGGUGGUGGUGGUGGUGAAUUGGUAGAGCUUAAGGAGGCAGCCAUGGCGGAACAGCAGCAGGGGCAUGGAGGGGAAGCGGGGGCGGCGGCGGAGCAGGAGAUCAUCAAGGAGCAGGACAGGCUGCUGCCGAUCGCGAACGUGGGGCGGAUCAUGAAGCAGAUCCUGCCGCCCAACGCCAAGAUCUCCAAGGAGGCCAAGGAGACGAUGCAGGAGUGCGUCUCCGAGUUCAUCAGCUUCGUCACCGGCGAGGCCUCCGACAAGUGCCACAAGGAGAAGCGCAAGACGGUCAACGGCGACGACGUCUGCUGGGCCUUCGGCGCCCUCGGCUUCGACGACUACGUCGACCCCAUGCGCAGGUACCUCAACAAGUACCGCGAGCUCGAGGGCGACCGCGCCGCCGCCGCCGCCUCCUCCCGCGCCGCCGGCCCCGACCACGCCCCCUCCUCCUCCGCCGCCGCCGCCACCGGUCAUUUCAUGUUCAACGCCAUGGACAGGACGGAUCACACCACCACCAACUCCAGGCAGUUCUAGCUACUCGUCUUCGCAUCAUCUUUCUCACCCAACACCCAACCUUUCCUCCUAAUCUUCACAGAAGCUAGCUAGGUGGGGGAUCGAUUCAUGCUGGGAAGAAGAGGUUGGAUCGACGAAGAAGAUGGCCCGGCGACAUGAUGGAGUAAUUAAUCGGAGUACGCAUAUGGUCGAUUUGAGAUGAAUCAUUAUUGUUCUUCUUCUUGUUGUACGUCCAGUUUAUUUUUGUAGUGAUUAUUAUUCUGAUCUGCACGUUAAGACGAUUGACAUAGUAGUUGAAGUUGAGUAUUUUUGAAUUUGAUCAAAAAGAGUUUAUUUCAGGCUUCUGCCUAGGGAGAUUACUACUAUGGGAUUUGGGUUAACUGAUUGAUCAAUACUUCUAGCUAGUUCAUCAUGCAUAUAUGGGUUGUGCUAGCUGAGGAUUUUUAUAAGCUUUUGACUCUUGAGGAAUUAGCUAUAGGCACUACUUUCUAAUUCAUGACUAUUGUACAUGUAAAACUUUUGCACCCUGUGUUUGUGCAUUCUUGUGUGCAUUUUGAUCUUCUUCAUUGCUUAUGAAUAGUGAUUGUUACCAGAUUU